UAUAUUUUUUUUUCUCGCCUACCGAAGGAAAGAAGAGGUAGCCUUUCCCAAAAUGACGGCGUCGAACUGGGGUCUCAUCAUGAACGUGGUGAAUAGCAUCGUCGGCGUGAGUGUGCUCACGAUGCCCUUCUGCUUCAAACAGUGUGGGAUCGUGCUCGGAACGCUUUUGUUGUUCCUUUGCUCCUGGAUGACCCACAAGUCAUGCAUGUUCCUAGUUCACACCGCCAGCAACACCAAGCGAAGGACCUAUGCGGGAUUGGCUUUCCACGCUUACGGCAAAGCAGGAAAAACUCUGGUGGAAACCAGUAUGAUCGGCUUGAUGUUGGGGACGUGCAUCGCCUUUUAUGUGGUCAUUGCCGAUCUGGGUUCCAAUUUUUUUGCCCAGCUUUUGGGCUUGCAGGUGACGGGCGGUUUUCGCGUGCUGCUGUUGAUUGCCGUGUCGCUCUUCAUCGUGCUCCCAUUGAGUCUGCAGAGGAACAUGAUGUCCUCCAUUCAGUCCUUCUCGGCCAUGGCGCUCAUGUUCUACACCUUCUUCAUGUUCACGAUAGUGUUGUCGUCCCUGCGCUACGGCAUAGUCUCGGGCUCCUGGUUGGAGCGGGUUCACCUGUGGCGCUUGAAGGGCGUCAUUCAGUGCCUGCCCAUUAUCGCCACCACCUUCUGCUGUCAUCCAUGGUGCUGUCUUCAUUCAAACACGGGCUGCUCAGUGGCCAGUGGCUAGGGCAGGUCAAUGUGGUGCGCUGGGAGGGGGUGUUUCGCUGUCUCCCCAUCUGUGGGAUGGCCUUCGCCUGUCAGUCUCAGGUGCUGCCCACCUACGACAGCCUGGACGAGCCGUCAGUCAAACGCAUGAGCACCAUCUUCACCUCGUCCCUCAACGUGGUCACAGUCUUCUACAUCACCGUGGGAUUCUUCGGCUACGUCAGCUUCACGGAGGACAUCGCCGGCAACGUGUUGAUGAACUUCCCCUCCAACCUGGUGACCGAGGUCAUCCGAGUGGGCUUCAUGAUGUCCGUGGCCGUCGGCUUCCCCAUGAUGAUCUUACCGUGCCGCCAGGCCAUCAACACCAUGCUCUUCGAGCAGCAGCAAAAAGACGGCACGUUUGCAGCCGGCGGGUACAUGCCCCCUCUUCGCUUCAAGAUGAUCACGCUCAGCAUCGUGUUUGGCACCAUGUUGGGAGGCAUCCUCAUCCCCAACGUGGAAACCAUUUUGGGUCUGACUGGAGCCACUAUGGGUAGCCUCAUCUGUUUCAUAUGCCCCGCUCUGAUCUACAGGAAGAUCCAGAAGAGCAGCAUCAUCGCUCAGCUCGUGCUUUGCGUGGGGCUGGGCAUCCUUCUCAUCAGCACCUUCACCACAUUGUCCAUCUCAGCCCAAGGCCCCAAAGCCCAAGCUCCGCCUCCUCCUCCAGCAGCCGACAAGAGCAACAUGCAAAUAGCCGACAUCAUUGAGCUGCACGAGGAUCUUGCUAAUGUGAAAGCAAUCGACAUCGAUAAGCCUGAGCUCCCGGCAGUGGAUGAGCUCCAACCUAACAAAAGGCAGCCGGAGGAACCCCCCCAGAUUAAAGGACCCGUGGAACUUCCCGACAGCAAGAAGGAGGAGGAGGUGCAGUUGGACCGCCCCGAUGCAGGUGUAGCCAUGCCAGAGGGAGAAGCCCACCGCCAUGAGCCGCCCAUCCCGCGUGACGAGGUCCACGUAGACAGCAGGAAGAACAAUGCAGAGUUGGAGGAGGCGAUGAGAACAAUGGAGGAAGAGCACAAACGAGAUCAAGAGCCAGGCGGAGGUCAAGAUGCCGUGAAAAUUGAAGAGAGCGAGGAAAACGUCCUCAAGCCUGCAGUCGUGGUUGUGAAGAAGGAGGACCUGUCCAAUGAGGUGCUUGAAAAGUCAGCAGAGAAGAAACAGGAAGUUGUACCCCCAAAAGAAGUGGAGAAGCUCGAUGUGGCCAAAGACGUGCUCGCCGUACACGCCGAUGAAGACAAAGUGGACAAAGCCGUCGAGGCUGCGGGCAAACCGCCAUCUGCUGUUGAAGAGGCUCAAGCCGCUGACGGCAAAGACGCCGCCGGAGAUGAGAAAAUGGACGAAGGCCAGCUGGACCACGCCGUACUGCUGCAGGUCAUCAAGGAGCAGCAGGAGCAACAGAAGAGACUUCUUGAUCAGCAGGAAAAGCUUCUGGCAGUCAUAGAAGAGCAGCACAAAGAAAUUCAUCAGAAGCAGCCAGGCGAACUCCAGGAGCAUGCGGAGGAAGCAGAAGGAGGAGCAGGGAAGCCCAGAGAUUCAGCCUUGGUCUCAGAUGCGCAGCAGCCCGAGGAGCCGGCAGACGCCGGGGCGCCGCAAGUUGCUGCCGCCGCCGCGCUGCCGAAUCUUGUUCAGAUUGAAGACAAAGCACCCGAGCUAGCCAAGGUAGCUCCUCCGGCGCCUUACAAAGAGAACAACGCGGUCGAGUCCCAUCAGCAGAGCGAGCUGGGGGCGAGAGGAGUGCCUCUCCUGAGGAAAGUACCCGAGGUCUACCAGCCAAAGGAACAAAUUGUCAGAGAUGAAGACAACAAGCUGGAUGAUGAAAAACAGAAGAUGGAAAGCGAGGCCCAAGCCAGACUGGAACAGCUCGAGCGGGAGAAGAAGGAAAAAGCGGCGCUGGAGGACAAGAGAGCGGAACAAGAAAGAUUAGAAAAAGAACAGCUGGAGAGGGAAGCAAAGCUGGCCAGAGAGCAGGAGCGACUUGAGAGGGAGAAGAUCGAGAGAGAAGUGCAGGCUCGGGUGGAAAAGGAACGACAGGAGAGGGAGAUGAGAGAGAAGCUGGAGAAAGAGAAAUUAGCGCAGGAGAAGGCCGCCGAAGAGAGACGCCAGCAGGAGAUUGAAGAAGCGGGCAAAGCUUUGCUUGAGAAAAAAGAACAAGAGGCACUGGAGCGAGCCAAAGAAGCCCAAAACGCCGCACGGGGGGCUUCCAAUGAAGACAGCGAAGCUUUGAAGAAAGGAGGACGGGACCUCAAACAGGAAGUUGCCGCUCGGGCGGACCCGGGAGAGGACGUCAAAGCCGAGCCGGUCAAAGCCCAAGCUCGCCCUCGGGGCUCCCACGAGAAGGCGGACGACGAGGGAGAGCUGGAUCUAAAGCGGAGGCGCCGGGCCCUGGGACCCGUCCAAGACGCGGGGGCUCCCGAGGUGCCCAGGGCCGUGCAUGGGCUGGAGCCCCUGCUGGAGCUGGGGGGGCCCGACCUGCACGUAGCCCUGGAGGAGAAGCUGCUCGCGGGGGCCAUGGUGCACUCGCGGCAGAUUAAGCAGGCCUCAGAGGACAAGAAGAUGAAAUAACUCAAACAUUCUCUUUUCCACUUCUACCUGGACAGCCUCCAGAUAUACAAGUCGUUGCCUUAGAUUAGCUUGCCUUCACAGAUGCAGUGGUGCCUUCAAGGUGUGAGUUGAAUUUUUGUUCUAAGUUAUAUUGAAAGACUUUAUGCGGCGAAUGUUGAAAUUGUCCAGUCCUUAUUAGUUUGUACAUAUUAACUUAUUAUCUUGUGAGGCAGAAUUUGAGUGAUUAUUAAAUUGUUUAAAUGUACAUAAAUCUAUGCAAAUCGAUUCUAUUGACUAUUAUGAGUUUAAUUUGCCCAUACUUGUUUUCUCCCCCCCUACCCCCCUCCUCCAAGUUGAGAUGUAAAUACUGUAAAUAUAAUUCUUCAUUAAUUUUGAGUCUCAAUUCAAAAUCAUGCUGGAGCUGCUUGUUCUAUUAAAGGUAAAACAUUUUUGUAUGGUUUAUUGAAGUUACUUUCUAUUUUCCUUUUGAUUUCUGUAUCUUGUAAUCCAUGCGCAGCAACGGACAUGUCAGCUAUUCGAAUUACAGAAAUAUUUUGGACAAGUAUCAGUAUUAUAUCAGAAAUGUAGUUCAAAACAUUUCAUCAGCACAUGCAUCGUUUUUGUACAAAUGUAUUUUUUUUGACUAUUUUUCUAUUUACAAUGCUUUUAUGUGUAUUCAGAUGAUAAUAAAGGCUCUGUCACAAAA